AACCUGAUUGCACACGAUAUUUUCUAGGCAAAAACCUCUCAUGCUACCUUUUGUUUUUCGCCUUCUUCCCUAUAAAUAACGGCCAAAUUGCCCACAAAGAAACCACCCACCCGCGCGCCGUGCCUCGGUUUUAGGGCCCUUCCCUCACCGCCCCGCGGCCAUGAAGCUGGAGGUCAUGCCCAAGCCCAAACAGCGGGUGCUGGAGGCGCAGCAGAGGGAGGAGGCCAUGGAGAUGAGCGGCCUGGACCUGUGGAAGCACGAGAAGCCGCCAAGGAUCUGCCCCUUGCCCCCGUCGCUCCCGCCGCCGCCGCCAGCGUUCGACGAGGCGGCGCUCGUGCCGCCGCUCAACUUCGCCGUGGUCGACGACGGCAUCUUCCGCUCCGGAUUCCCAGGGACCGCCAACUUCCGGUUCCUCAAGUCCCUCAACCUCCGCUCCAUCGUGUACCUGUGCCCGGAGCCGUACCCGGGGACGAACACGGAGUUCCUAGAAAAGAAUGGGAUCAGGCUCCACCAGUUCGGAAUCGAGGGGCGCAAGGAACCAUUUGUCAACAUACCCGACGACAAAAUAAGGGAGGCGCUCAAAGUUGUCUUAGACCCAAGAAACCAACCUCUGCUUAUCCAUUGCAAGAGAGGCAAGCACCGAACUGGCUGUGUGGUCGGAUGCUUGAGGAAGCUGCAGGAAUGGUGCUUGUCUUCAGUCUUGGACGAGUACCAUCGCUUUGCCGCUGCGAAAGCGAGGAUCACUGACCAGAGGUUCAUGGAGCUGUUCGACGUUUCAAGCUUGAAGCACCUGACACCCUCACACUGUUAACCAAGGCGUGUGAUCGAUUGGUCCCCCAACUCUAGUACAUCUCAAAGCCUAUCUUCCGUCAGCUACUGAACCGAUUCAGUUGUGAAUAAUUUUGGAAUCCGCUAGAGUCCGUGAGGUAGUGAUGAAACCAUUGCAAAACGUUUGUGCUUGAAUGGUUUAUUUUCCUCCUGCAUAGCGCACUGCAGAGCCUGAGAACCAGAUUGCUGUAGUCGAUUUGCGAGGGGUUCUCUUUUUUUUUUGGGGUACCUUUCGCGAGGAACUCGCCAUUGUUUUUGGGUACUGAAGCAUGUACUCGAGCAGCUUUGCUAAGGAGAAAUGAACUAUUCUCAAAGUGC